GUUGGAAACUUGGGAAGCAAAGCCCAACACAUGGCUAAAAAUGGCGGCACCGCCACACCCUAGCAAACCCCCCACAACACCACCACACUCGCACCCACAGAAGAGAGAGAGAGAGAGAGAGAGAGAGAGAGAGAGAGAGGUAAAGCUAGCGUGGGUUGUAAUUAAGGCCAUUUUCCUUUUUGGAGUUUUGUGGGGUUGAACAUUGAAGGGGAAGGCAGUGAGAAAAACUCAGAAAAGGUGCCCUUUUUUAUUUCAAUUUUUUGAGUUUUUUUUAAUACCAAAUCAUGGGAAAAAGAAAUGGGUUUGCUGAGAAGGGAGCAGCAGCAGAAACAGAGUGGCUGGGUUUGAUGAUGCAAAACACCCAGCAAACCCAACAAACCCAGCAAUCAUUUCCUCGGAAGAAGACGAUGACGGCGAUGCAUCAUCAUCCUCAUCAUCAUGAUCCUCUGCUUGCCAGUGCAGGAAGAGAAGCUUGUGGGGUUUGGGAUAACAGUCCUGGUGCUGGUGGUGGACCUUUGUUUUGCAACACAAGCAAUCCAGUCCCGAGUUGUCCGACUGAAUUAUACAAUCCUGUCGGUUCUGAUUUUGUCCUCCCAAAGUCUCUGCAGCACCAUCUGCCUGGCUCUGAUCACACCUUGGCUUUCAGUUCCUCAGGUGGAAUGGUGAAUGUGAGACUCCCUUUUACAGCAGCUCAAAGGGAAGAGCUUGAGAGACAGACAAUGAUUUACAAGUACAUGAUGGACUCGUCCCCUGUCCCUUCCCAAUUACUUUUACCAACUUCCAAGAACACAUCAAAUGUCCCUCGUUUGUUCCCAAAUUUGGUGAAGGGUUCACUGGAGUUGGGGAUUUCUGGGAGCUCGGAUCCGGAGCCAUGGAGGUGCAAAAGAACUGAUGGAAAAAAAUGGAGGUGUUCCAGAGAUGUAGCUCCGGAUCUGAAGUACUGUGAGAGACACGCUCACAAGACCAGGAACCGUUCAAGAAAGCCUGUGGAAUCCCAAACCCCAAACCCCAACUUCCUCACCAACAACAACAACAUGAGAAGUCCUACGUCUAAUUUUUUCAGACAAAGCAACAUCACCAACCGGCAAAGUUCAUAUUCUAGCAACAUGGUUCCUUGUGCUGCCGCUGCUGCUGGAUCACAUGUCCAACCCAGGUCCUUGGCUUGGUUCAUGAAUGGGGAAGCCCCAGCUGUGGGUGGCUCAAACCAAGAGUGGGGGCAAAUGAUGCAAUUCAAGCUGGGCCUAAAGAGCAGCAGUCACAACUACACAAAGCCUACUAACACAGAUGUGGAUGUUCCAAGGCAACAAACUGAAAGCUCACUGAAUUUGCACACAGAUUACAGAGGUGAAAUCCAAGGCGUGCAAAUUCAACAGACAAGGCAUUUCAUUGAUGCAUGGUCAACAUCAACAUCAGCAGAGAGAGAAGAAGAUAGAGUUUUUGUUUCUCCAAACCAGAAGCUGCCCUUUUCAUCUCUCACUCUAUCAAUGUCUGGAGGGGAAGGAAGCAAUGAAGAGAGGGAAAAUACCCAAAUGGGCCUUGGGGUUUUGGGGGAAGAGAGGGAUAGUGUUGGGGGUUUGAAGUCCCAGUGGAUGAACCCUAUGUCAUGGACGAUGGGGUCACCACCUGGUGGACCAUUGGCUGAAGCUUUGUGCCUUGGCAUUGCUGGUGGUUCUAAUGGCUACAACAGCGGCUCCACCAUCUGGAAGAGCUCUAGUGGAGAUGCUAGGCAAGAAUUUGAUUUGACUAACUGAGGAGGGCAGUGAUGGUUUGUUUUCACUUAAAUGUUUGAAGUUCUAACUUUUGUGUCUGACUCUUGAGGUUGAUCAUGAAUGGGAGAAUAGUUACUGUUUUAGUUGA